AUGCACAAGCGCAUGUACUGAGUGAGCUCAGUCUGUUGUGGCGGCUCCAAAAGUUGAUCAGCUAAUGGAUCAUCAGUAUAUCGUGCUGUUGUCAAACCUUUUUAGUAAGCACGGGCAGGUGAAUGUUACUCUUUUUCGAGAUUUUCUGGUGUGGAAGGACAUUGAGAAGAAGCGGAGAAGUUCUGUCAGCACUUCACCAACAGCGCGUAGUCACGCCGUUCAAGUGUCUGAAGUCGUCGCCGUGCACAAGACGGACACAAGCGACAGGAGCAAGGAGGCGAAGCAUGUACAACUCAAUCCUCAUGCAUUUACAGUUUUUUACAUAAAGAGGAGCACGCAGCAUCACUGGCGGUGCGACCAGGUCACCUUUUACUGUGAUCAUCUGGGACUUUGCCAGCAAUGGAUUCAAACCAUCAAUGAUCAACUGGCAGUACAAACCAAUCGCCCCAAGAGCCUGCUGGUGUACAUCAAUCCCUACGGCGGCAAGCGUCAAGCCAAGUACAUUUAUGAUCAGAAGGUGGCGCCGCUGUUUUCCCGAGCCUGCAUCGCCACCGACGUGAUUGUUACAGAACGGGCCAAUCAUGCAAGGGAUCACUUGAAAACAGAAGCAAAUCUAGACAAAUACGAUGGAGUGGUGAGUGUAGGCGGAGACGGCAUGUUCAGUGAGAUCCUACACGGACUGGUCGCCAGGACCCAAAUUGAGCACAGCAUAGACCUCGACCAACCCGACGCCCGAUUGGUGCCGUGCUCCCUCCGCAUCGGGAUUAUCCCUGCAGGCUCUACAGAUUGUGUCUGCUUCGCCACAGUAGGAACCAACGAUCCUGUUACGUCCGCUUUGCACAUCAUUGUUGGCGACUCCCAACCCAUGGACGUGUGCUCGGUGCAUAGCGACGAUACGUUUCUGAGAUAUUCAGUAUCGUUGCUGGGUUACGGCUUCUACGCCGAUAUUCAGACCGACAGCGAGAGGCAGCGGUGGCUGGGUCCUGCUCGAUAUGACCUAUCAGGAGUAAAGAACUUUCUGAGUCACAACUAUUAUGAAGGCACCGUCUCAUUCGUUCCGGCGGAGGACGACGUAGGGAACCCCAGGGACAAGGAGCUGUGUCGGGCCGGGUGCAAUGUGUGCCAGCGCCAGACCUCAUUACAGGAGAUCCGCGAUGACGAACCGUCGCACACAGACAGUGACACUUGGACGGAAAUCCGCGGAAAAUUCAUCGCCAUCAACGCCGCCAACAUGAGCUGCGCGUGUCCCCGCAGUCCGCAGGGCUUGUCGCCCUCCGCCCACCUUGCCGACGGCACCGCCGACCUCAUCCUGGUGCGCAAGUGCUCCCGCUUGGACUUCUUCAAACACCUCCUCCGCCACACCAACAAGGAAGACCAGUUUGACCACUCAUUCGUGGAAGUCCACCGUGUACGAAAGUUUCGCUUCCAGCCGCGCCAAAAUGAGACCGUGUCGCUGUCGGACCUAAGCGGGCCCCAGAAGGAUCACAUUUGCUCCAGGAACACACCGUGUCGCUACGGCAACUGCAUCUGCAGCCACUGGACGUGCGAUGGUGAGAUCCUGCCUCACGUCGCCAUCCAGGUCAGUGUCCAUUGCCAGCUGAUCAGGCUGUUCGCCCGCGGCAUCGAGGAGAAAAACCACAACCAGAGUCCUGUGUGGCUUCUGGAAGCAGACGCAUUCCAAUCUGUGGGCUGAACUCUAAACGCUGACCAUCGUGGAACUAUCUGGAAGGAAUUCUGAUCUGGUCUAGGCUUCGAAGAGCCACCAAGAGAUGAUGAAGGCAAUUUCCUGAAAUGCUAAGCGAAAAAACAGAACAAGACAGGGCUUCUGGUGUCUAUUUUUCAUCUGUGACCUAAGCGAGAGCAGAAGUGAGUCAACGGGGACCACUUGACAAGAACCGUCUGAUACGCUCAGAGCCAGAUGAAUGUUUUUGGUGUAAACUGCUAAAACGUUGCCGCCAUUUACAGACGUUUUGCUCAGUUGAGCUCAGAUGUCAAGCCGGUCUUGAUGUCUGAAGAAAGGUCACAGAACAUUUGGGACUGAUAUAUUAAAGUGACUUUUGUGUUUAAGUCCAUGAAGGAAAUGGUAGUAAUGUGUUCUUUCGGUUUAGCAGUGUAGAUGAAGUGCUAUUUGGCAAACAAUUGGAGUCGAGUCACAGGGACUCGAGUCACAAAUUUGAUGACUCGCAACGACUCGGACUUGAACAAAAAAAAAAAACGUAGACUCGGACUUGACUCGCUUGAGCUGGGAGGGAGACUUGACUCGACUCGUGAGACAAUGACUCGAGACUCGACAAGUUGACUCGAAAAACUUCAAUCGUAGAUUGGUUCCUACCUGCCAGUGAACCGCUUAGUUGCAUGGUUGUAGGUGGGCUAAGGAACAAUGGUAAUGGCCUUGACUAACCUGUGACUCAACUUGACUCGACUCAACAACCUUUUGACUUGAGACUCAACUCAUUUUUACAACCUUGAGACUCGACUCUACUCGAAUCAAUUUAACCUCGUGAAUCGACUCGACUUAACCUCGUGACUCGACCCGACAUAACCUCGUGAAACGACUCGACAUAACUUCGUGACUCGACUCAACUCGACAUAACCUUGUGACUUGAAUCGUCUCGACAUAACCUCGUGACUCGAAUCUGAUUUGAAUCGUCUCGACCAGGGGUCGCGUUAACCGAAUAUUUUCCGUCGUUGACCGGUUUUUUAAAACGGUGACGGAAAAAACUGAAGUCCAUCUGUCAUUUUGACAGGUUGCAAUUCACACCCCAGACCACAGGGUGGCGAGUGAGCAUAUUAAUUAGCUAUUGUCUCUCUUAAUGCAUGACACCGUUGGCCUUACUCGGAAAAAUGUCAAGGCAACUGAGUGUCCGAACUAAGUCGUCUGUCCGAGGCAAAAGUCCAAAACCUCAUGACAAUAGCCUCUGAAGGAAUCCCACUUGAGACAUUUGAUUAUGCACAAGCAGGCACGCAAUUCAAGUCCAUGCGCACCAGGAGGAAGACUGCGUUCAGGCCACAGCAGGUGAACUGUUAAUUUCAUUGUUCCAUUAUGUAGCCUACCUACUGGGGCCACAGUCAGCUGUUUUUGUCACUGCCUAGAAAAAGUUACAUAUUCAUAUGUUUGAUGGCACGGUGUGGAUUCUGUUAAGCUUGUUCGGACAGAAUAUUGUAGCGUCACCGGGGUCUGGCGGCAGCACCGUGAUUGACACAUCAACGCGAGCUUCUUAUUGUUGCACCCGGUGUGCCAGCGCGUCAUCCAAUUGGUGGACUAGAUUGCCGCCUGUGUAUAAAGUUGCCUCUUUUUCUUAGGGGGCGGAGUUGUUGUUUUGUUGGUGUUGCUGGCGGUAAGCAGAGUAAAAAGAGGGAGAAAAAUACCACGACUUCCGUGUCUAAUUUUUCGCCGCCAAGCAAGCAUUACAAUAUUAAUUAAAAAUGAAUGAAAACUAAAUACUAUUGAAUGUCAUUAUUAUCAUUUUAAGAAUUUAAGUGACGGGUAAAAAUAGAUUAUGACCGGAUUUUUAUGACCCUGUCAGUCAAAAUGACAGACAACGAAAAAGUCUAGCGCAACCUCUGGUCUCGACAUAACUUCGUGACUCGACUCGACAUAACUUCGUGACUCGACUUGGCUUAACCUUGUGACUCGACUCGACUUGGCUUAACAUUGUGACUCGAAUGGACACAACAAAUCUCUUGACUCGACUUAACCUCGUGACUCAACUCAACAUAACCUCAUGACUCAACUCGACAGAACCUCAUGAGUCGUGACUCGACUGGACAUAACCUCGUGACUCGAAUCGACUCGACAUAACCUCGUGACUCGAAUCUGACCCGAAUCGACUCGACAUAAUCUCGUGACUCGACAUAACGUCAUGGCUCGACUCAACAUAACCUUGUGAAUUGACUCGACAUAACCUCUUUAAUCGACUCGACUUGGCUUAACCUCGUGACUCAACUCGACAUAACCUCGUGACUCGACAUAACCUCGUGACUUGAAUCGUCUCGACAUAACCUCGUGACUCGAAUCUGACCCGAAUCGACUCGACAUAACUUCGUAACUCGACUCGACUUGACAUAACCUCGUGACUCGACAUAACUUCGUGACUCGACUCGACUUGACAUAACCUCGUGACUCGACAUAACUUCGUGACUCGACUCGACUUGACAUAACCUCGUAACUCGACAUAAACUCAUGGCUCAACUCAACAUAACCUUGUGAAUCGAUUCGACAUAACCUCUUGAAUCGACUCGACUUGGCUUAAACUCAUGACUCGACAUAACCUCGUGACUCGAAUGGACACAACAAAUCUCUUGACUCGACUCGACAAAACCUCGUGACUCAAAUCAACUCGCCAUAACCUCGUGACUUGAAUGGACACAACAUAACCUCGUGACUCGACUUAACCUCGUGACUCAACUCAAAAUAACCUCAUGGCUUGAAUGGACUCGACAUAACCUCGUGACUCAUCUCAACUUGACAUAACCUCAUGGCUUGAAUGGACUCGACAUAACCUCGUGACUCAACUCGACAUAACCUCAUGACUUGAAUGGACUCGACAUAACUUCGUGACUAGAAUCGACUCGCCAUAACCUCAUGACAGGAAUCGACUCGACAUAACCUCGUGAGUCUUGACUCGACAUAACCUCGUGACUCGACUCGACAUAACCUCGUGACUUGACUCAACUUUCCCACAACAGGUAAGACUCGGGACUUACUUGUGACUCGGAUCAUAGUGACUCGUGCAAUUGUCUGCUAGUUGAUAUUCCACUGACUCUUAUUGUAGAAGCUUCCCAUCAGAAUGAAUGUCGACCACUUUCUGCACUCAUAGGCCUUGUUCACACUGGUAGCCAAAAUCAGAUUGAACAUGGAUUGCUAUUUUGGAGUCUGAACAAUCACAAAGCACAGAAAUCUGAUUUUUGCGGGACGGAUUGAAACUACAUACUAGUUUCAUAUCAGAUAUGGACAAGAUGCUUCACUGUUUUGACUGUCCAUGAAAUCACGUUGUUCUGCCUGAUGCCUUCGUGACACAGUAAACUGUCAGGUGUGUCAAUAUUGUGAACAGGCCCAGAUCCGAUUUGGACAUUUCUAAAAGUAGUGUGACUAAAAAUUACAUUUAAGGAGGAAUCAGAUUAGAAUCGGACAUGUCCACAGUCUGAACGCAGCUAGAGUACGAAACGGACAAUUCCAUAGUGAAGUUGGUAUUCCAAAGAAUGAAUGCUUAAAAAUAUGAUUUUUGGUUUAGUAAUGAAAAUGUAAUAAAGAACUGAUAUGACUCGUACCUAGCGACGCUACACUCAUGCUUUUGGUCAAAACUAUUAAGAAAAACAUCCACUCAUAAUUUUUAUCAGGUUCUUUUUUGGGAUGCUAACAUCAAAAUAGUUAAAGAUUCUCCAAGGAACCAAGGUUGCUUAUUAUUUAUGAGCUAAAGGACCUCUCAACUCCAUACCUGUCAUGUUGUACGGUUUCGGCAACAAGACAAUGUGCGUUACCACGAUGGUUGAAUGACGCGAGAAAAGUCAGAGACACGGAGAAAGAAAAGCGGGAGUGGAAAGGAGGGAAGAGUGUUGUCACGCUGUUGCAAACGCGAUGCUAGGCUAGGUGGCUCCAAUAUUUCCUGACUGUAGCCGACAGCCUACAAUCUACGCCCACAUGAUGCUACACUAGAUAUAAUAUGCAUAUAAAACUAGAUGCUUAAUGACAGACUGAGCGGCGUGAGUAAACAACCGCCAUCUUAAAGCAGUAGACUUCUCAGAAAGGCUGUUGCAGUGAACCUUCCCAGCGAACCUAUGUAACUUUUUAUCUAAAAUACUCCUAAAUCAGCAAAAUCUUGACUUGAAUCUAUCUUAAAUUGAUGAAACAGUUUUAAAACUUUCACAUGUUGAAAAUAGACAGAAGGGAACUAAUGCAAAAACGGGAGCAAUUUUAACAACUUUAACGGUUUAUUCACAACA